AUGAUUCCAGCGGGCCAGAAACGAACGAAAAUCCGGGCGCCUCGUAAAAUCUCUGUUUUGGGAGGCUCCAACUCGCCUGACUCGCAGGUGGACUACGACUCUUCGUGGGGGCUUUUGGCCAAUGCUAUAGCUCAGAUCCAGCACAAGAACGUACUGAACUUGCUGUACGAACAGCUCUACAGAAAGGCGUACACUCUUGUUUUGAAAAAAUUCGGUAAAAGAUUGUACAACGAUGUUGCCGGCGCCAUCGGGGUGCAUUUGAGGGAAAGACAGCGUGAAUUGGUCAAGAUCAGCGAGUCGAGAACGUUCAAGAUGACAUGGAAAGAGGACUUUUUGAAAGCCGCCGUGACCGAAUGGGCCGAGCAUUUGCAGCUGAUGAAGUUUAUUAGCGACGUGUUGAUGUACUUGAACCGCGUGUACGUGAAGGAAAGCAGGAAGCUCUUGGUUUACGAUAUGGGGGUGGUGCUUUUUGACAUGAACGUGAUUCGCCUCGACAACUUCUUUGUGGGCAACACGCUACUGGAGAUUGUCAUUGACGAGAUCACCAAGGCCAGAAGGGGCCAGGUCAUUGUCACCAGACUGUACCUUCAGCAGGUGCUAGCGAUGUUUGAGAUGCUCUUUCAUGACGAACCCAAUGUGGCGAAUUCCAUUCCGGAUGCGCCUGUGGGAGAUUCGUUUUUCUCUGACCAUUUUGAAAAAGCCUUUUUGGAGCUGCUGCAGCAGUUCUACCUGACUUUGGCAGACGAGAUCAUGCUGCUGAUGCUGGGAUCAAGGUACUUGGCAGAUACGCUCAAGUUCAUCAACGACGAGGAAAAACGCAUUUCCUUCCUUUUGCCCCAAAAGACGUCCACAAAAGUCGUCCACAUGAUGAACAACAUCCUCAUCAAAGAGCGGCUCGACAAAAUGGUGCUUCUACCUGCGGCUCAGCAGGGUUUGAUGUACUGGUUGGACCCGGUGGUUUCCAGAGUCAAAGACAGCAUAAGUCCCACGGGUUCUCUGCACCAGCAAAGUCUCACUGAGCUUCGAACGUUCUAUGUUCUUGUGGACCGGGUUGACCCGGACAAGCGUUUGUUGAAGGUGCGUUUGAAGGAAGCCAUUGUGAAAACGGGUCUUCAAUUCGUGGACUUCAUCACCAAACACCUCGAACAGCAACAGCAGCAGCAACAGAAUGGCGCUGCCCCUAAGAAGGUGACGGUGAGCACAACCUCUGCUUCAUUCGCCACGCUUUGGAUCGAUAUGAUUCUCGAGUUCAAUGCUCAACUUUCCCAGGCCGUCAAAACGUGUUUCAGCAACGACGCCGAGGUCGCCCACACCAUCUACGAAGCGUUCAGAGACUUCAUCAAUGCAUCCAACCAACCUACAAGAAGACUGUCCAUUGGUCCGUCCACCAGCGCUCCCGAGUUGCUUUCCGUUUUCAUGGAUUCCCAAAUCAAGCAGCUUGUCAAGCUGUCGGGAUCGAAACGUGUGGCCCUGGACAACACCAGUGUGGACGAAACACAGGACUUCUUGCACAAGGCAAUCUCGUUCCUUCGAUUCAUCAAGGAUAAAGACGCCUUCGAGGCACACUACGCCAACCACUUUGCCAAGCGGUUUCUCAAUUCCAAGGGCUCCUCCUCCAUCGUUCUGGGCGUGGAUGUCCGUUACAACGGUGACAUUGAGGAGCUAGUGAUUGCCAAACUCGGGGAAGAGUUGGGAAGCGCUACUAUGGAGAAAAUCGUCAAGAUGAAGAAGGACGUCAAGCUGCUGGGCGACUUGACGAUGGAGUGGAAGAACCACGUCAGCUCCCACAAGCUUUCAACGAUCGACCUCGAGCUCAAGGUGUGUCAUGUUUCAGAUUGGCCCAAGAGCAUGACAAAGGACUACAAGAGCUUUGCCAAUACCAACGGGCAAAUCGGCUUCAUCUGGCCCACCCUUAUACGUGAAACGAUCCGCAGCUUCGAAGAAUACUGGCUUACAGGUAAGAAAAACGACAACAAGUCGCUCUACUGGUGUCCCAAGUUUGGUCUGAUGGAUCUUCGUAUCACGUACCCUCUGCGGACGUACGACAUCAACCUUCUGACGUACGCGGGCGUUAUUAUGCUUUUAUUCGGGCCCCAAACCAGCGACCCGGACGAGGCUCCGUUUGAUAAUAAAAGAGAGCUCACAUACGAAGAGAUCCGCGAGCUCACCAACAUUCCCGAGGCCGAUCUCAAGCGGCAGCUCCAGUCGAUUGCCGUGGCGCCUCGGCUGCGUCUUUUGGUGAAAACGCCCAUGUCUAAAGAAAUCCAAAGUGGUGAUCGUUUCCUGCUAAAUAGCAAGUUCAAGCUGCCCACCACAAAAGUCAAGGUUCUUACGGUGUCGCUGGGGCUGGCGAAGCUGGAGAAAAAGACAGAAAAGGCAGAGGAGAGCCAGGAGGUGAAGGCCAAUAUCGAGGAAGGGCGCAAGCAUUUGGUGAAUGCUGCUGUGGUGAGAAUCAUGAAAUCCCGCCAAACCACGCUGCACAACGAGCUUGUGGCUGAGUUGGUGAAGCAGUUGCACGGCCGUUUCCAGCCGCUGACCGUUCUUAUCAAACAGCGUAUAGAGGACCUUAUCGAGAAGGAAUACCUCAAACGAGACCCCGACCAAAUGGGGGUAUACCACUACAUAGCCUAG